AUGUCAGCGCCCUCACUGAGACAAAUCCCUCCAGAGAUAGUCACCCUCAUCUUUGACCAACUGUCGAAAAAGGACCUCUACCAGUGCCUCUUUGUCUCCCGUCUCUGGCACGACCAAGCUCAAGCCCACGUCUACAGCGACGUGACCCUCGAUACAACUAGGAGACGACACAAUCAAUCUCUUGUUCCGGCCCUCAAGGCGCGGAAGCAUCUUCUUCGAAAGGUCGAGUGGCGGUCUGAAAGGCCGGGUGGUGCCUUGGAGGAUGACUUGUUGGACAUCAUUCUUGACUAUGGCCCGGUUGUUACUGCGCCUGUUGCCGCUGUUGCUACUCCUGCUAUCGAUGAUGUUGCUGCUGACAACAAUAACACCGACAACAACAACACCGGGAAAAGUGGACGAGGCCAUCCCUCGCGGUCGCUAUCGAGGUCGUUCUCUCGCCUGGCCUCUGUCUUUCGGCCAAGAUCGACAAAAACUACUGCUCCCCGUGCUGUUACUACUGCUGCUGCUAUUGAUCCUGCUACUGCUGUUACAGAUCCUGCCACUGCUGAUGCCGAUGCUGAUGCUGCUACUGUUGUUGUCGCCGCUGAUCCCUCGCCCGACUUUUCGAAAACAACUGGGCUAAUGGGUCCUGGACCUAAUCGUCCAGCCUUGCAGCAUUUCACCUUUACUGAAGAUUUCUUCACGGGAACUCUUCUGGAGAUGGUUCUGUUCAACCUGACACCAACAACCUUGACAUUUCUGGAAGUCUACAUUAAACAAACAGGACCGGCCAAGUCGUACGAGGUCGAUAUGGAAAUGAUUCUGGACACCUAUCCGUGCCUCAAGGAUCUAUGUCUCGAUGGACCGGUGUUCCGAUACACCUCUAUGCGACGUUCUGAGGACUUUGCUAUUCCAUCUGCUUCUUUUACCUCCACCUCUGUCUCAACGGGCGCUACAAUGGAACCGGAGAUCGUCGACAUCCAGCAUCGCCUCGAGUCAUUCACUUUUGGACCCAACCUGUUGUGUCGAGAAGGGUCCAACGCGUUUUUGUUUGUUAAACGGUUGGGGAACUUGAAGAGGAUUCGAGUCAGGUCCACGACAGUCUAUGCUGAGUGCGCUCCCAAGAGCAGGCCUUGGGACUUUGGUCGAGCUUUGAAGGCACACUGUCCGAAACUGGAAUCGAUCGAGAUUAACGGACCAGUCGUGUUCUGGCUGUUUGAUUUGCCCAUCCUCCCUUACGAACAGCUCCCGCACAUCACUGCAAUGGUCCAGCAGACUCCUGCUUACCUGUUGGCGAUUCCGGCCGAGUUGGCACAGUUCUUAAAAGACAAGCGCCUGAAACUACAACUACUUGACCAGGAGCAGGAAGAGUUGUUGAAGGGCAAGACUGCGAUCCCGUUCUUCCCCCAGUUGAAGAAGUUGGUUGUUGACGGGGAUCAUUCAUUGUCGGUUCAGGAUCUGUUCUCGUUGGGCGUACAUGGUCGGUUCUUGACCCACUUGGAGAUUCUUCUCCCACCUACCCGACAAACCGAGCCCUGGGAGGUAUAUGACAAGGGUGACAAGUAUAUUGAGUCUGAGCCGUCGAAGGCUCUCCUGUCUGCGGUCGGCCCCAGGGCGAUUAGAAUGGUUGAACUACGACGGCUGCAGUUGAGACGAUCGUUCGACAGCCGGGAUGUGAUUCUGUUCUUGCAAUCGUGUUCCAGUCUGAAGUUUCUCUCCGUGACGGGUUGCAGUGUCACCUUUGAGAGUCUUGUCGACGGCUACACUUCGCCUUCAACAUCUGCUACAGGAUCGUCAACAGGACGAGGAGUAGGAAUACCACACAUUCAACCUUGGGCAUGCGAAGACGCACUUGAGACCCUCAAGAUCGGACUCGACGUCCCCCACGACCUUCCCAAGGAGCACCACGCAGUUCUCUGGAAGUACCUGGGUCGCUUCAAGAAAUUACGCCAUCUCUCCUUGGUGCCUACUCUGAAGCCUCGCUGGGUCCUCAUCCCGACUUUUGACCGCGGCGUUGAGGGUUUGUUCCCAGAAGGCGGAAUGAGCGAGACGUUGGAAAAGUUGGAGUUGGUCACAACUUGGUGGGAGGCAACUGUGGGGAAGGAGAUGGUGCUUUGGUUGGCCAAGAGUUGUCCCAAGUUGAAGGAUUUGAAUCUGGAGUAUCACUUUCUGUUUAGUGAUUUCACUACAAUGGAUGUGAGGCAUCGGGCGUUCUUGGGGGAUGAGGAGGUAAAGAAGUGCUCUAUCCGGAACAUUGAUGUCCUCUCGUGGUAG